UCACUAAACAACCCUUCAUUCAUCUCUCUCCCCCCCUCUCCCAUCUCUCUCCCACCCCCCCUCUCUCUCUCUCAUCUCUCUCUCCCCCUCUCCCAUCUCUCUCCGAAUCUCUCUCUCCCUCUGCAGAAAUGGAUGACCGAAACACAGUCAUGGUAGCUCAAAGACCACCCCGCUCCGGCCAAACUCAAGGCAACGAGUUCCUCCGUAGACUCCACGAGCACGCACCCAACUCGAGCCAGCUCGUAGGCUUCUUAACACUCGUGAUAUCCGGAGCCAUCUUGCUGUUUCUCACGGGCCUUACUAUAACCGCUACAGUGCUAGGCUUAAUCUUCUUUACACCCCUGAUUUUAAUCUCGAGUCCCAUAUGGGUCCCAGUGGGGGCCGUUUUAUUCCUCGCCAUUUCCGGGAUUUUAUCCGUUUGCGGGUUCGGACUCGGGUCGUUUGCCGCGGCGUCGUGGAUUUAUAGGUACUCUAGUGGCAUGCAUCCGGUCGGGUCGGAUCGGGUCGACUACGCGAGGAGUCGGAUCGUGGAUACAGCGAGUCAUGUCAAGGACUAUGCUAGAGAGUAUGGUGGGUAUUUGCAUAGCAAAGUUAAGGAUGCGGCUCCGGGUGCUUGAUGGGUCGGGCGGGUUGAAUUCGGGUCGGUUUGAAAAGAUGUGUGAUGUGUUGGAGUCGUGGCGGGUUGUGACCCGAUUAGCGUGAUGGAUUUUUGUAUCGGGUUAGUGAUGUGGUUUGCAUUUGUUUUUAAUGUUGACAUAGUGUGUAAGAUCUUUGAGUCGUGUAAGCUACUUUUAAGUAAUUCGCUUCGUCUUAAGUUAUCUUCACUUUACUUAUCGUAUAACUAUAGCUGUGACAUUAAUAUAUUUAGAUGGCAUUGAUAUAUUUAGAUUAUAUUUGUGUUAA